GCCCUGCCCUCCAUAGGCGCCCGGCGCUUUGCCUCCGCGGCCGCACCCUCCUCCCGCCCGCCCCCGGGCCGCGCCCGGGCCGCACCGCCCCGGCCGGCGCGCAGCACCGCGGCGGAGGCAGCGCACCUCCCCGGACCACGGGGGCCGCCGGCUCGCCGAGCCUCGGUCUGCGCAGGCAGUCUGCAGGCCUGCCCCGAGAGGAGGGCCCGGUAGGGGAGGCGGCCAAGCGGUAGCGGUAGCAACGGAGGAGCCGGCAGCGUGCGCAGCCCAGGGCGGCUGUUGCGAUCGGGCUCCUUCCCCGCUACGCUUGCCGGCUGUCGCCCACCUCCCUGUCAGUGUUACCGCCCCCGGCCUGCGAGCAACAUGAGAGUAGUGGCUUUGAUCAGUGGUGGGAAGGACAGUUGCUACAAUAUGAUGCAGUGUGUUGCUGCAGGGCAUCAGAUCGUUGCUCUAGCCAAUUUAAGACCUGCUGAAAAUACAGGGCAGACAGAUGAAUUGGACAGCUAUAUGUAUCAGACAGUAGGACACCAUGCCAUUGACCUAUAUGCUGAUGCAUUGGAUUUGCCACUCUAUCGUGGUUUUAUAAAAGGUACCAGUGUAAAUACUGGAAGAGUGUAUACUGCAUGCCAGGAAGAUGAGGUUGAAGACCUUUACCAUCUCAUGAAACUUGUUAAGGACAAAGAAGGAGUAGAGGGUGUAUCUGUGGGAGCCAUUCUUUCUGACUACCAGAGAGUUCGAGUGGAAGAUGUGUGCAGAAGGCUCAAUCUUCAGCCUUUAGCUUACCUCUGGCAUUGGAACCAGGAAGUACUGCUUAAAGAAAUGAUAUCAUCUAACGUUCAAGCCAUAAUCAUAAAAGUGGCAGCUUUUGGUUUAGAUCCAGAUAAGCAUCUAGGAAAAACUCUAGGUGAAAUGGAGCCUGUUCUUCUGGAGCUGUCUGAGAAAUACGGAGUCCAUGUUUGUGGAGAAGGAGGAGAAUAUGAAACAUUCACUCUGGACUGCCCUCUGUUUAAGAAGAAAAUAGUUGUAGAUUCAGCUAAGGUGGUCAUGCAUUCAGCUGAUGCAUUUGCACCUGUGGCCUAUCUUCAUUUUUUAAAACUACACCUGGAGAAUAAGCAGGAAGAAUCCUUGGGUACUUUUGUGGUCAGUAGCUGUUCUUGUGAGAUGAGCUGUAUGGACGAUGAUAUUUUUCCUUCAUCAGAAGAGUAUGAACCACCGGAAAAUAUUCCAGUCAUCUGGAAGACUUUGAAACAUAAGUCUUUGGAUUUCACUAAAACACUUCAAAAUUCGGGAAAAUCCCUGAGUGGUUACCAAUGGUUUUCAGGUAUCACUGCCCACUUCCUUCCAUCAAAGGAUAGAAAUGCUCAAGAUGCAGCACGGGAAGCAUUUUCUUCUUUUAGAGCUAAUUUGACUUCAGAGGGAUUGAAACUGAAGGAUAUUAUUUUGGUUCAUCUCUAUGUGAAGAGCAUGAAAGAUUUCAGUGUUAUAAACUCAGUUUAUGUGACAGAAUUUGAUUUGUGUCCACCAGCAAGGGUAUGUGUGGAAACACUGUUACCUGAUGGAGUGCUGUUUUGCAUUGACUGCCUUGCACAUAAGUAUGACAUGGCAACAGAUGAUGUAGUACAUAAUGAAAAGCGGGUCAUGCAUGUACAGAGCAUUUCCCACUGGGCACCUGCCAGCAUAGGACCGUACAGUCAGUCCAUCAAGGUUGGUGAUGUUCUGUACUGUGCUGGACAGAUUGCUCUGGUGCCCUGCACGAUGCAGCUGGUUAGGGGGGGCAUACGCGCCGAGGCCAGCCUUUCCCUCCGGCACGUUGGGCGAGUUCUGCAAGCCAUGAGCCAGAAGACUGCGCUUCACCACAUCAUCACAGCCAGCUGCUACGUAACCGACAGCAAGAGCAUUCCUAUUGCUCGCUCCAUAUGGCAGACGAAAUUAGAAGAAUGCAAAAAGGUUGAAGAUUCAGAGAUGUAUCAUGAUGAAACUGCUGUAUGUGGGUUGCUCGCUGUGGUUGUAAUAUCUCACCUACCCAGAGAUGCUGCCAUUGAAUGGCACGUUGUUGCAGUAGUUGAUGAUCCACUCCAGAGAAAGCAUUUUGCAAUGAAGAUGUUGUCAGAGGGCUUCCAAAUUGAGUGUGAAUCUGUGGAGUCUAGUUCUGCAUCUUGUGCAUCAAUCUCAGUACGCCUGAGCUUGAUUUCCUCAUCUACUUCUCACCUUGAUUUAGAUGGACCUCUUCAUGACUUAGUUGCUAUGUUUAAACAAGCUGUCGACAAACUUUCAGAAGACUGCAGUGCCAGUCCUUUGUCCUUCAGAGCUUUCUUCAAGGAGCAAGUCUUUGAUGCUGAAACUUUGCAAAAAGGACUGCAAGAAUACCUUGAAAAAUAUUUGGAAGAGAAGACCCCAGCUCUGAUUUUAGUGCCUGUGGUGGAUUUACCUGACAAAGAUGUUAUUCAUAUAACAUGCUGGCUAAGCUAGCAUGUAAAGGAAAUGAGUUGAUAUCAAAACACGCAUACAUUCCAUCUAGGAGAGAACAAAGAAAAGAGUUGAUACUAACUCCGUUGGAUACUUUUAUGAAGCAUUAUUGUUUGAUUUAAGCAAAGCCAUAUUACCUUGUUAAUGAUGCCUCAAGAUAUGUGACAGAGUCAGGUUUGUAUGAAAAAUAAAGCUUUUUUU